AUGACGGCACUUGGAUUAUUGGGUGUACCUGGAGCAGAUCUUGUCGGCUCCGCCGUCGGCCACUACACUGGUUAUGACGGGGAGUCGAAUCUCCGUUACACCAAUGCGACAAUUGCUGCACGCGGUACACACUUUAUCGACGUCAGCUUCACUGCGCCCGCUGGAGAUCUCCACUGGGUCAUCUUUGACGACCUCUCCGGCGCAUACCAGUAUUUUGUCAACCGUGCCCUGCCAAACAUCAGCAUUUUGCGAACCCUCUGGCGGCUGGCGCCGGAACACUUCACUCAUGGCCGCACUCACCUCAAGGAUGAGCCCCUGCCGGAUUUCGAUCUGUAUGCAAAGUCGACCAACGUUCAGGAUGAGACCUGGCAGCUUGCAGACGGGUCAUACAUCACCAAGUACGACUGGUCCAACGCCGUCAGAGACCGUGACUUCUAUGGUGUUUACGGAUCUCGUGUUGGUUCUUGGUGGAUUCAUCCAUCCACCGAAUACUACAACAGUGACCAUCUCAGCCAGACACUGACCGUGCAUCGCGAGAGCAAGACCGGCGAUGCUGUCCAGCUGAACGUCGUGCAAGAUACAUCGCACUUCCGUGUCGGCCAAAAGACAACUCAGCCCGUGGGCAAGGUCUGGGGCCCCUGGCUUUGGUACCUGAACAACGGAAGCAUCCCAGAUGUCCAGAAGAAGCGUGCCAAGGAACUGAAGCACUUCCCCUACAAUGGCUUGACAAUUCCGCCUACCGCAGAGGGGCGGCAUAGA